GCAGCGCGCGGGCGGCCCGAGCCUCGGCGGCGGCGGCGACGACGGUGGCGGCGGCGGCGCUGACACCUCCCACCAUGGACAGCUUCGACUUAGCCCUGCUCCAGGAAUGGGACCUCGAGUCGCUGUGUGUCUAUGAACCAGAUAGAAACGUGUUACGGAGGAAAGAACGAGAAAGAAGAAAUCAGGAAACUCAGCAGGAUGAUGGCGCAUUUAAUUCAAGUUACUCCCUCUUUAGUGAACCCUACAAGACUAACAAGGGGGAUGAGCUCUCCAACCGGCUCCAGAACACUUUAGGCAAUUACGAUGAAAUGAAAGACUUUUUAACGGAUAGAUCAAAUCAGAGUCAUCUCGUUGGCGUUCCCAAACCUGGGCUUCCUCAGGCUCCCGUGAACAAGAUUGACGAGCAUUUUGUUGCAGAUUCGAGAGCCCAGACCCAGCCUGCAUCCGUCUGCAGCACCACGUCCUCCACCCCAGCAGUGGUCCCUGGGCAGCAGAGUAAGAGGGGCACCGUGGGCUGGCAGAAGGCCGGGCACCCACCGUCCGAUGGCCAACAGAGAGCAACACAACAGGGCUCUCUCAGGACCUUGCUUGGAGAUGGUGUUGGCAGACAGCAGCCGCGGACCAAACAGGUGUGCAACGUCGAGGUGGGUCUUCAGACCCAGGACAGGCCACCUGCUAUGGGAGCCAAGCACAGCGGCAGUGGCCACUGUGUUCAGAACUUUCCUCCAUCCCUGGCUUCAAAACCUAGCCUCGUCCAGCAGAAACCGACUGCCUAUGUGCGACCGAUGGAUGGCCAAGAUCAGGCUCCCGAUGAGUCUCCGAAGCUGAAGUCGUCCACAGAGACCGGCGUGCACUGUGCGUCAUACAGGGGAGCCUCAGCCACCAAGCCAGAGUCCGCCAGAGCCAAGGCCAAGCUUUCCAAGUUCAGCAUCCCCAAACAAGGAGAGGAGAGUAGAACUGGAGAAACCAACAGCUGUGUUGAAGAAAUAAUUCGGGAGAUGACCUGGCUUCCACCACUUUCAGCUAUUCCAGCACCUGGAAAAGUGGAACCGAGCAAAUUUCCAUUUCCAAAUAAGGACUCUCAGCUCACUUCCUCUGGACACAGUAAUCCAAAGAAAGGUGAUGCUGAGACAGGGAGUCCAGACAAUGGCACAUCGAAUACAUCCUCUCUGGGAUGGUUAUCCCCAUUUACUGAUAAGGGAAAUGAUGCACUGAGAGGAAUGCUAGAAGAUGACCUUAAGCUAAGUAGCGAUGAAGAGGAGAAUGAACAGGCAGCCCAGAGAACGGCUCUCCACGCUCUGUCUGACAGUGCCGGGCUCCCGCAGGCCAACUGCAGGGCCUCCGUGCCCUCCAGCAAGGGCAGCAGCAGCGGUAGCAGCAGCAGCGGUAGCAGCUCCUCCAGCGACUCGGAGAGCAGCUCGGGAUCUGACUCAGAGAGCGAGAGCAGCUCCAGCGAGAGCGAGGGCAGCAAGCCUCCCCACUACUCCAGCCCGGAGGCCGAACCAGCGUCCUCUAACAAGUGGCAGCUGGAUAAAUGGCUAAACAAAGUUAAUCCCCACAAGCCUCCUAUCCUGAUCCAAAAUGAAAGCCACGGGCCGGAGAGCAAUCAAUACUACACCCCGGUGAAGGACGAAGCGCCAGACUGCGGGAAGCUUCCCGACAACGUCUGCCCGACCAGCCUGAGAGACAAGGACAUCAAGAGCGCCUGCAAGGAGGAGCAGAGGCCGAGGACCGCGAACAAGGCCCCGGGGAGCAAAGGGGUGAAGCAGAAGUCCCCGCCCGCGGCCGUGGCCGUGGCCGUGACCGCCGCCAACGCCCCGCCGCCCGCGGUGGCCGGUGCGCCCGCCGAGAGCGCGCCCGCGCCUGCCCGGAGGUCCGCGGGCAAGAAACCCACCCGGCGCACCGAGAGGACCUCGGCCGGCGACAAUGGCCACCGGCCCGAGGAGCCCGCAGCCGCGGACGCGCUGGGGGCGAGCACGGGGAUCCCCCCGGAGCCCCCCAAGCCCCGGCCCUGCGGCAACAGUAGGACCAGCCACCGCAAGGAGCUGCGCUCGGCCGUGACCUGCGAGAAGCGCCGCACGCGAGGGCUGAGCCGGAUCGUCCCCAAAUCCAAGGAGUUCAUCGAGACGGAGUCGUCCUCGUCGUCCUCCUCCUCGGACUCGGACCUGGAGUCGGAACAGGAGGACUUCCCUCUGUCCAAGGCCACUGCCGCCUCCGGGAACGACCCGAGACUGAAGGAGGCUGCCAACAGCAUCAGCGGGGGCGGCCCCCGGGCCCCUGUGGGCUCUAUCAACGCCAGGACCACCAGCGACAUCGCCAAGGAGCUGGAGGAGCAGUUCUACACACUGGUUCCCUUCGGCCGCAAUGAGCUUCUCUCCCCGUUGAAGGACAGUGACGAGGUCAGGUCACUCUGGGUCAAGAUUGACCUGACCCUUCUGUCCAGGAUCCCAGAACACCUGCCCCAGGAGCCGGGGGUCUUGAGCGCUCCCGCGGCCAAGGACACUGAAAGCGCGCCCCCGAGCCACGCAUCCGAUGCGCCCGCAGAAAAGGCUUUGCCAAAAUCCAAGAGGAAACGCAAGUGUGACAACGAAGAUGACUACAGGGAGAUCAAGAAGGCUCAGGGAGAGAAGGAGAGCUCUUCACGACUCACUGCCUCUGCCAACAGUACUUUGUCCGCAAACCAUUGCAACGUGAAUGUCAACAGCUUGGCCAUCCCAAUAAAUAAAAAUGAAAAAAUGCUCCGGUCACCCACCUCACCCCUCUCCGACGCAUCUAAACACAAAUACUCCGGCGAGGACCUGACUUCCCCCAGCAGAUCCAACAGCAAUGGUUUGUUCACUUCCGCCUCCUCCAACAAAAAGCAUAAGGCUGAGAACCAGCUGCAGACCCAUGGUGGAGACCUCACGAAAGCGGCUCACAACAAUUCCGAAAACGUUCUCCACAAGUCACGGCCACAGACAGAGCCAUGGUCUCCAGGCUCCAACGGCCACAGGGACUGCAAGAGGCAGAAACUCAUCUUCGAUGACAUGCCACGCAGUGCAGAUUAUUUUAUGCAAGAAGCUAAGAGAAUGAAGCAUAAAGCAGAUGCAAUGGUGGAAAAGUUUGGAAAGGCUCUGAACUAUGCUGAAGCAGCCUUGUCAUUCAUUGAGUGUGGAAAUGCAAUGGAGCAGGGCCCAAUGGAAUCCAAAUCUCCUUAUACAAUGUAUUCAGAAACAGUUGAGCUCAUCAGAUAUGCUAUGAGACUAAAAACCCACUCAGGCCCCAAUGCCACACCAGAGGAUAAACAGCUGGCUGCAUUAUGUUACCGAUGCCUGGCUCUCCUGUACUGGCGGAUGUUUCGACUCAAAAGGGAUCACGCUGUAAAGUAUUCAAAAGCACUUAUCGACUAUUUCAAGAAUUCAUCUAAAGCUGCCCAAGCCCCAUCUCCGUGGGGGGCCAGUGGAAAGAGCACUGGCACCCCAUCCCCCAUGUCUCCCAACCCCUCCCCCACCAGCUCCGUGGGAUCUCAGGGGAGCCUCUCCAAUGGGAACGCCCUGUCCCCGUCAACCAUCGUCAGCAUCCCACAGCGCAUCCACCAGAUGGCAGCCAACCACGUCAGCAUCACCAACAGCAUUCUCCACAGCUAUGACUACUGGGAGAUGGCGGACAACCUGGCCAAGGAGAACAGAGAAUUCUUCAAUGACCUGGACCUGCUCAUGGGGCCAGUCACCCUGCACAGCAGCAUGGAACACCUGGUCCAGUACUCCCAGCAGGGCCUGUACUGGCUGCGGAACAGCACCCACCUGACAUAGGGACCCCGCCUUCGGGCUGGAGGGCACUCUUGUCUUCACGGACGGCUCAACAUUUCUGGACACUGUGCUCCUGAAGUUCCCAGCCACAGCAUUUCUCAAACGGCGGUGAAUAUUUUCUCAGCAUCGAACAAUGGUCUUUUCUCCCAGGGCACGUGUGUUUGUAUGUGUGGGUGUAGAAAAGCUGCCUUUGUAAGUGUGUAAGAUACACAGCUCUUUAGAACACGUUUUCUUUGUCUAGUUUCCAUACUCCCAGGCUAGACAAAGUGAUCAGACGUUUCCGAUUAGAGAAAACACACUUACACACACACACACACACACAUACACACACACACACACACACACACUUUCUAGUUCAAAGCUAAACCGUGACUUCUUAGAACAUUCAAUGAAAAUCUCAUGGGUUAGUGAACCAGGUGCAAUACAGCACACCAAAAGCUUGACUGCCAGUUAAGAUGAUCUUAGUUCUUAUACUUUUGAUUACUUUCAGUAUUAAUAUACUCUCCCCCAAUUAUUAUUUUUUUGAUUGUGUGUAUUAAUGGGUAAUUGAAUAAUGAAAAUAAGUCAGUUAUUUUUGUGCUGGACGUUUACUAGAUUGCAUGUUACCAAAUACCCUGCCUUUUGUCUAGUACCUGCCCCCUCCAGCCAACUUUACUGUCAACUAAACAUGUUAGAAAGCAAGUGAAUUGACUCCCACGGGCCUUCCCUGCCCUGCCCCCCAAAACAGUAUGACCAUGACACUGAGAUUUGGUAAAACCUCAGUGUCUUUGAAACUUCACCAACAUGAAAGCAGCAACAACUGCUUCUGGGGGCUCAGUGAGUAACUGAAAUCUUCUGCACACGCCAGGAGCCCGCCCGGCACACGUGUUUCUUCCUGCCACUGUGACCCAGGGGCUGUGGAGCCACAUGGUGUCUGUCGGCCGAUAUUUUUCUAGUCUCUUCUUUCCAUGAUAGCUUUCUUACCAGUUUUCUUGGCCAGAUGAGGACAUUACCUAGGAUGUCCCUUCACUCAGAUCUGUAUCUUUUGCUUAUCAGGUCAAGAACUAUUUGCUAUCAUGAUUCUAUCUAAUCCUCUCACUCUUGGAGAAAGUGCCACUGUGGGCCUUGAAUGCAUUUUGAUCUGGGCAUUGUGUUUCAGGCUUUGAUUAGCAAGCUACUUACUCUACAGAAUACGUUAUUCCUGCAAGGAUCGAAGUUCUGUCUGGGGUAGCAACGACCAGUCUGGUAUGUUUCCGUCUUGCCCUUGAUUCUUUUCUUUUUUUUUUUU